AUGCCCACCAGGCAUGCCACACUAGCCCACCUGUCACGGACUGCAAGUGGAGGAGGGGCUUCUCCCCGGGACCUUCGAUGCUCAGCGCCCCCCAACAAUGCAGAGGAGGGAAUUUUGGUGCUGCCCCCGCUCAUCGCCGCGUGGCCGGCGGAGCCCCCACCUCUGCGCCCGGCGCGGAACGGGUGCGGGGCUGGGCCAGGGCCGGCCCGGGGGAGCGAGUCGGGCGGGGCCGCCGCGCCCGCUCCCCCUCCCCGCCACCCGCCGCCCUCUCCUCCUCCCGCCGCCCGGGCUCAGAGCGGCGGCAGCAGCGGCCGCAGCGACUGCUCCAGCUCCGGCUCCGGUUCCGGCUGCGGCUCCCGCGCCGGUCCCGCUCGGCCCCGUGCGCCCGGGCCCCGCGCCCCGACCCGGCCGCCGCGCCUGCCGGGGGCCUCGGGCGCCCCCGCCGCCCGCCUCACGCUGAAGUUCCUGGCCGUGCUGCUGGCCGCGGGCAUGCUGGCGUUCCUCGGUGCCGUCAUCUGCAUCAUCGCCAGCGUGCCCCUGGCGGCCAGCCCGGCGCGGGCGCUGCCCGGCGGCGCCGACAACGCCUCGGCCGCCUCGGGGGCCGCCGCGUCCCCGGGCCCGCAGCGCAGCCUGAGCGCGCUGCACGGCGCGGGCGGCUCGGCCGGGCCCCCAGCGCUGCCCGGGGCGCCGGCGGCCAGCGCGCACCCGCUGCCGCCCGGGCUCCUCUUCAGCCGUUUCUUGUGCACGCCGCUGGCGGCCGCCUGCCCGUCGGGGGCCGAGCAGGGGGACGCGGCGGGCGCGGCGCCCGGGGAGCGCGAGGAGCUGCUGCUGCUGCAAAGUACCGCCGAGCAGCUGCGCCAGACGGCGCUGCAGCAGGAGGCGCGCAUCCGCGCGGACCAGGACACCAUCCGCGAGCUCACCGGCAAGCUGGGCCGCUGCGAGAGCGGCCUGCCGCGCGGCCUCCAGGACGCCGGGCCGCGCCGCGACACCAUGGCCGACGGGCCGUGGGACUCGCCCGCGGUCAUCCUCGAGCUGGAGGACGCUGUGCGAGCCCUCCGGGACCGUAUCGACCGCCUGGAGCAGCAGGAGCUCCCAGCCCGUGCGAACCUCUCAGCUGCCCCAGCCCCUGCCCCCGUGGCGCCCACCGUUCUGCACUCCAAGAUGGACCAGCUAGAGGGGCAGCUGCUGGCCCAAGUGCUGGCACUGGAGAAGGAGCGUGCGGCCCUCAGUCACAGCAGCCGCCGGCAGCGGCAGGAGGUGGAGAAGGAGCUGGAUGCCCUGCAAGACCGCCUGGCUGAGCUGGAGCACGGGUCCUCGGCCUACAGCCCCCCGGAUGCCUUCAAGGUCAGCAUCCCCUUCCGCAACAACUACAUGUACGCCCGCAUGCGGAAGGUGCUGCCCGAGCUCUACGCCUUCACUGCCUGCAUGUGGCUGCGAUCCAGGUCCAGUGGCACUGGCCAGGGCACCCCCUUCUCCUACUCGGUGCCUGGGCAAGCCAACGAGAUUGUGCUGCUGGAGGAAGGUCAUGAACCCAUGGAGCUGCUGAUCAACGACAAGGUGGCCCAGCUGCCCCUGAGUCUGAAGGACAAUGGCUGGCAUCACAUCUGCAUUUCCUGGACCACAAGGGAUGGCCUCUGGUCUGCCUACCAGGACGGGGAGCUGCAGGGCUCUGGCGAGAACCUGGCUGCCUGGCACCCCAUCAAGCCUCAUGGGAUCCUUAUCCUGGGCCAGGAGCAGGAUACCCUGGGUGGCCGGUUUGAUGCCACCCAGGCCUUCGUCGGUGACAUUGCCCAGUUUAACCUGUGGGACCAUGCCCUGACACCUGCCCAGGUCCUGGGCAUUGCCAACUGUACCGGGCCACUGCUGGGCAACGUCCUUCCCUGGGAAGACAGGCUGGUGGAGGCCUUUGGGGGUGCCACGAAGGCCGCCUUUGAUGUCUGCAAGGGGAGGGACAAGGCAUGAGGGGUCACCUUCUCCAGGGCCCCUCACUUGCCUGCCAUUUUGGAGACCUUGGGGGGGCACAUCCCCUCCACAGCCUGUCCACACACUGGCCUUCCCUCCUGCCUACUCCUGGCUGUGCCUCCAUUUCCCCUCACCCGAACCCACAUGUCCAGAGUGCCCUGCCCUGUGAGCAUGCUCGCUAACCCCACCUGGAUGGGGACAAGCAUCUCAAGUCACCAGGUGGAGCCUGGGGUGAGUCUAGGCUCUGCCCACCCUCUGGAUUGCACUGGAGUUGUCUGUUACCCUCCCCCCACAUCCCAUCAGUCGCAUCUGAUUCCACUAAUCCUUACCAUAUCUCCCACGGGGCUGUUAUAGCGGGAGGGCCAUUGUCCCCGACACAGCAGAUCUGUCCCUUUCCUGUUCAGGACCACGACAGGCUGUAGAAGGGGGUGACAGAGACAGAGGAGAUCAGUCUCCCCUCCUUCGUCUUCCCACCAGCUGCCGGGGAAAGGCAGCAGGAUCCUGGUGGAGCCUCCCCCACCCCACCCACCGCACCCUGCUUCCUCCUCUUCCUCUUUCCUCCCUUCUUUAUGUGCAGUGGUUUGAAUGUCAGUUCAGCCCCACCUGUUCCAGGACACCGCUUUCCCAGUUCCAGCCUGGAGGGUUAGGGACCAAGAUUUCGGGAGGCCAAAGGACCUGGUCAUCCAUUGUGCUCACCGAUAGCUACGGCCACUGGCACAGUCGCACACACAUCCCCAUGCCAAGGACAGGGCUUGGGCCACUUCAGCCUGGUCUAGAAGCAGCUUAAGGCCUAUGCAUGGUGGCCCAGAAGACUCUGUCCCCAGCAGAGCCACAUUACCUGCCCCCUCUGUCCUGGGGAGGGAAGGAAGAAGCUGAGAGGAUGGGGAGAAGCAUUAAGUGAUGGGCAGCACACUGGGCAAGAGGGAGCAGCCCUUGGUUCCCAGCUAGCCAUGCUAAACUGCUGUGUGGCCUUCUGUAGGUCCCUGCUCUCUCUGGGCCUGGCCUUCCUCACAGGUGAGCCGAGGUCUUUGCUUUGGUCAUUUCCAAGAGCUCUCCAGACAGAAUGUGAGGUGGUCUGUGAUUCCAAGCGGAUAGAGUGGGGAAAGCCUGGGUACCCACCUGGUGACAGUGGUAGGUCCUGGGACUGGGCAGGAGAUGGGAUCAGCUGGUCAUGGGUUAGGGUCAGUAGCUGGCUGCAGAGAGGGCCAAGGGCAAGUCAAGGGAGAUCCACCUCACACAUGGCUUCCCCCAGCCUGGCACAUCUUUGAGAGUGUCUUAAAGGGCUGAUGGCUUCCCAGUCCUCACCCUGGAGUCCCAGUUUCCCCAAGACAGUGUAAGAAUAUCAGAGCUGAGAAAAGCUAUCUAGUCUGACCUCUUGCUUGAGAGAGAUGGGGAAAAACUCAGAGAGGGCAAGUGUCUUGCACAGGAUCACACAGCACGAUGGGGCUCUUCCCCCGCAAACCAGGCUGCCUGUCUGUGAGGAUCUUUAAGUCAAGACCUUCCAGUAAGAGGGUGGACAUCUAAGAGUCCGGGAGGCUUUUCAACAUGACAACUGGAGCAUCUUCCUAUAUGUAACACCCAGACAUCUUGGCCCCCAUGCUCAGGAAGUGAGGGCAGGAGGUUCUGAUCCCUGAGCACUGUGGCAGAGGGGAGGGCCGGGCACCUACCAGCUGUCUGAGCAGCUGCAGCCUUCCUGACUCAAGUGGGCCUCUUGCCUCCUUUUUGUUCCAUCUCCACUUCCUGCAGCCACUUAGCCUGAGACAUGAUGUAAGAGCUGCAGGCUGUGGGGCCUGGUGCUGUGGAAGCUUCUCUAAGACUUGUUGCCUCUGGCCCCUAGAUCCUUGAUUCCAUUUCGAGAGCACAAAUAGAUUGCUUAGCACCUCCAGUCUGCCUCCCCUCAGAAGAAAGAGUGAUGGCGGGCUUCAGCCAGGCCUGCUGAGAUCUGGGUUGCCCUGGUAACAGCCAAUGACAUCAACCCAAGUGCUGGGUCAAGUGUCUCAUCAUAAUGACAUGCUCCGUUGCUGGGGUGAUGGCAGAAUCCGGAAGUUAGAUUUCAGGGACACUGAGCUUUAUCUGUUUCUCUUUUGAAGUAGGUAGCUUCUCCCAAAAGCUAGCUCUUAGCCAAGGAGGUGACAGCACUUGCUCAGUCACUUGAUCCCACCCAAAUGCACCACCCCAAGUCCUUUAUGCUUGUCACAGUGGUGAUGAGACAUCUGAUAUCAAGCCUCAUUCCCAUGCUGAGUCACCCUGGUCAGCACUCCAGAGAGACUAGGGACAAGUCAGAGUGGUUAGGGUGUGGCCCUUGUUUGGUGAGGGGCUCGUCUCCUCAUUUGUAAAGACCCUCCCCAUCCUUCAUUUGUUCUCUGUUCUGUGUCUGUGCAUUCACGCCUGCUGUUUGGACUCCAGUUUUGAUAUCUUCUACUGCCCGUGGGCAUGUCCAAGAGGACAGGGAAAGAGGAGCUGAACAGUGCUCAGUCGCAUCCUGAGCUGCACUGGCUGACACAGUUGAUAGAACCUGUGUCGGUUGCGCCGUGUUUAAGCAUCUGGUACUGCACUGAGCACGUGACUGGCAUCAUCUCGUUUAUCCUCACGACACAGUUGUGUUUGGAAUGUUUUUAGCCUCAUUAUAUAGGUGAGGAAACUGGGGCACAGAGAGGUGAUGGAACCUGCCUGAUGUCAAUCAGCUAGCAGGUGAUGGAGCCCAGAUUUCAAACCAAAGCAGGUUACAUUAAGGAGCCACCACCAGCAAGAGGGGAUGAGUACCCCAAUGCUGCAUAGAGUAGAAUUUGGGCCUCAUUGCUCUAGAUGUGUUUCAGCCUUCAGGGUAUGCCUGGCCCCAUUCACUAGCCCCCGGGGUUUGAGGUGGAGGAACAGAGGCAUGGGAUGGGCUGGGCCCAGGGCCAGGGUCCCCUAAGUGAAGUUGUGGGGCAGGGUUCAGCCCUUCUCUAGCUCAGUUGGAGUUCCCAGGAGAGCUGAAAAGGAAAAGGAAGUUGAAUGUCUCCCAAGAGUCCCAGGAAGGGGAGGGAAACUGCUGUUCCUUAAACUCUUGCUUUGGGCUGAGCCCUGUGCCAGGUGCUUCACAGCUGUUAUCUGCCAGAUUUCCCCACCUCUGUGGUAUAUGGUGCCCCUACCAACAUCCCAAGGGGACAUUUCCUCUUGUCACAAUUUUGCAUGACCUAGGACCACAGAUUUGGGUAGGAAGGGCACUUAGAGGAGACCAAGGCCCUUGUUUUACAGAUGAUGAAGUCGAGGCCUGGGGAAGGUGAGCAGCCUUCAGCUGGAUGUGGGAAUUGGAGCCCAAUUUCCUGACCAUGUCACUUUUCUCCAGGACACAGUGGCCCCUCCCUAGAACUGGGUCCCUCCUUGUCUACACAUCCCAGCACCCCUGGCCAGAGCAAACUGGGGAAGGGGUCCUCUUCCAGAGAUGGGAUCAGUCUCUUCACCCCUUUUAUUCCAGCAGCCUGCCACCCCAAACCCUCCCUCCCACCCUGAUCCCUGACUCGUCACCCCUGGGUAGGGAAGGGGCCCAAGUUGGCCCAGACUGAACGUAAGUGAACAUGUCAAGUUGUCCGACACUGUGACAUUAGUGCGCCCCACUGACAACCCCCCCAACCCCACCUUCCUCUCUCCCCUAUUUUGUACAUAGUGACACGAGAUGCAACUUGUGUGCGUGUGUGAGUGUGUGUGAUUUCUGUCAUGAUUUUUGUUACCUUUUUGUUUUUGUAAAUUCAAAUAUUCAAAAUAAACAUGCUGUUUAU